AUGGCUUUUCAGCCCGGAUUGUGGUUGGUGACCAUACUGCUGGCAGCAUGGAGUUGCGUUGUCGCAGCGGAGGAGUCAGACAUCAAGUCAAUUGCGUUGAGGACACACAGUCUGCAAAUGCCCUACCUGGAUAGUGACAUGCAGAGCAGGUGGUGGGACUUUGGAGGAACGACCGUCGUUCGCGCGGAUCAAUACAUUCGCCUCUCUGGCCAACAUCCUUCGAGUGCUGGAUGGAUCUUCAGCCGUGUGCCCCUCACCGCGACGAACUGGGAGAUCGAGGUGGAAUUCAAGAUUUCAGGCACAGGUAGUCUCUUUGGCGAUGGUAUGGCGAUGUGGAUCACGAAAGAGCGCGCCGAGAUGGGAACGGUGUUUGGCAUGAAGGACCGCUUCGAGGGACUGGGAAUUUUCUUCGACACAUACAAGAAUAACCGCCCGGGUGUGGUAUUCCCCUAUGUCAUGGCCAUGCUGGGAGACGGACAGACUUCAUACGACCAGGCCAACGACGGCAAGUCGAAUGAGCUGGUAGCUGGCUGCUCUGCUCGCGGCAUAAGGAACCCUGACUUUCCCACCAAGGCUAAGGUUCGGUACUUCCAGGACAAAUCCCUGACCGUGGACUUGAUGUACAAAAAGGAGGACGAGUGGACGCGCUGCUUUGAGGCGCCAAAUGUCAAGCUCCCCUCUGUGACAUAUUUGGGCUUCAGCGCGGAGACAGGCGAGCUGGCGGAUAACCACGACAUCAUCAAGGUUGAGACGAACAACCUCUACUCUCCGUCUGGCUCAACGGGUUCCUCUUCGGGCACCAAAGACAAGAAUGACAGGAAGAGCAAGAAGAACAAGCCGAUCACAUCGGCCAAAGAGGGAGGUAGCUGGAUGUGGUUCUUCUUCAAGUUCAUCAUCUUCGGCGUGUUGGUCGCUGGAGGCUACGUUGGAUGGACAGCCUACCGUGCUCGGACAAGGGACAGGUUUUGA